ACAACAGCCAGCAAAGACAUCAGUAUUUUUUUGUGGCCAUCUAUUAUUAUCUUUUCGGACUCUGCCUCCGCUCACAGAAAGAGAGAGAUGGCGAGUUCUAUUUAUUCAAUCUCUCAAGCGCGAUGUUUCAUCGCUAACAAUGAUAGUCACAAAUCAAACCCAUGGCUUUAUCAAUCAUCGCUGAGCUCCAACGGUAUUAUAUUUUCUUCAAAGCAUCCUCGUCCACUAUCUUCUUCCCCUGCUUCCGUCGUAGACACUGAUGAAGACGACAACAGCCUGAACUUCAGUGGUUGCAGAGGGUGCGGGAAGGAGGUGAAAGAGAAUGGUUGCAACGGCGACGGGCGGAUUCAAGGAGGCAUUGCUACUGUCCCUGGCUUCGGUUGGUGGCCCAUUAAGGCAUACCGGCCUUGUCCGGGGUUUGUGGAGGCCGGAGGUAGAUAUCGCCGCAUAGGGCAGAGCAUGGACGAGGUUGCCUUUGGUCGUGGUGACUCUAAAUCCACCACUUGAGUUGUACGUAAGGCAGUAGUAUGAUACAAUAAAUAUAUGCGUGUUCGUACAAUGUAAUGGAAAAGGUAAAGAGUGGCGAGUAAACGAACCAAUCUCUUACCGUCAAUAAGAUGAUUGCAUUCGAACAUAUCCAGAUAUAUAAAAGAAUUGGUAACCCCUAAAA